AUUAAACAAUUUCAAUCAAUACGAAUUUCGAUCUCUGGCCAGCCGGCUGGAGCUACCCGAAGGCAGAACCCCGUUCUGUUUACAUUUGGCGCCCGAGGCAGUUUUAAUUGGAUACUGUAAGGAUAUUUGUACAUAGUUAGGAAAAAGUCUUUAUUUUGUUACAACCAUUAUUUUAAUUUUCUUUUCCAGGGAUAACCGUUGUUUUAGUUUAUUUUCAGCAUCUGAAAGAAUCUGUUUUAGUACACAGUGGGUAGUCAACUUACCAUGAAUUUAACAGGAGAAAAAUUAGGUCCCAGUGACACCGAAGUUCGAGUAGGAUGGGUGUACCAGUUAAAGAAACCAGAACUGAUUACGGCAUUAGCAGAGUUGGAGUUAGACAGUGAAGGCAACGUAGACGAGUUGAGAGCACGACUGGUCAAAUAUUACAGGAGCAAGGAAGCACCUGCAGCAACGUCAUUACUGUUACCGUCGUUUCCGCUGCAAAUGGAGGUGAGCGAGAAGAAAAUUCCUAGGGGUCCACCACCACCAGAAAGUUCAAGAGAGAACCGUGCAACACACCCAGAGGUUGAAACACUUACCGCAGCGCAGAUCUGCGACAAGGUGAGGAAAUGGGGUGUGAAAUUCGAUGGCACUCAAGAUUCUAUGGCUUUCCUGGAAAGAAUAGAUGAACUAAGGGAAUGUUAUGGAUUCACAGAAGCCGAUUUACUUCUCGCAUUACCGGAGUUGUUGAAGGGAAAAGCUCUUCUUUGGUAUCGCAACCAUAAGCAGACCUGGAGGAACUGGACAGACGUCAUUGAAAGUUUCAAGGUAUAUUUCUUACCACAGCGGUACCAAUACACCUUGGAGGAAGAAAUCAGAAACCGCAUUCAACGUUCCCGAGAACCAGCCACCGAAUAUGUGACCGACAUUUUAACGUUAAUGCGACGACAUGGAAAUAUGUCCAACCGCAGCCAAUUAGAAAGGAUACAUGAAAACUUGCAGCCGGAGUAUAAACAUUAUGUUCGACUACGAGAUUUCAACACAUUAACCGAACUGCUGGAACUGGCGGGACAGUUUGAAAAGUUGCCAAGGCUUACAGUUCAGGAAUCAAGACCUACUUCAAGUCAAAGGGUACGUUUUGAUGCAAGACCGUCCAGUCCGGGAAGAACUUGGCAUCCUAGUCCGGGAGUAAAAAUUCCUUACCAGACAGAAGUGGUAUGCUAUCGAUGCGGAGAAAGGGGCCAUACGAGGUUUAAUUGCAGGGGAGUCUUUAAACGUUUCUGUUCACGGUGUGGCCGUCAAAAUAUAUUAUCCAAAUACUAUCAGUGUAGAGACGGGUCAGUGUUCUGCCUUCGGGUAGCUCCAGCCGGCUGGCCAGAGAUCGAAAUUCGUAUUGAUUGA